UGCUUGCAAUGUGCCCGCCCACGAGGGAGGUUAAAAAGCUUUGGUUUCCACCUCCGGUGUCGAAGAGCUGCCAUCUUGGUACCCGUUUAUAUACAAAAAUAAGUAAUAUUUCCAACAAAUUAGGAGGGAAAACUGAUUUCAAACGUGAGACUAGUCAAGGGACAUAUGCUCGGUUCAUAAUAAGCACUUGACGCCGGAUCAAGGUAAGGAAUGAACGGCUUUUACAGCUACCAACCCAUGAAUGUAAUCUGGCUCGCGUUAGCUUGCUAACUAGCAAGAUCCUGGCAUCUCAAGUAACAUGCUAUUAUCAAAUCAAGUCUUUAUAGCACGGCAACACAGCCGCAUGGUAGCAGCAGACACGGAGACGAUGUGUAAAUAAAAUGCACAUAGCAUAACGUUUAGUAUACAGGACAUAGCUAGCUAAUUUAACUAUGCUGCAUGGUCUCCCACACUUGAAAGAGCGGACUAGCUAGCCAUUUUAGCCUAACGUUAGACGCAGUUUUGUUUUGCCAGCAAGCGAAUACAAACAGCAUUCAGGGCAUCAAACGACGGGUGCCAUCAGUUCACACAAGACGAUGUCGCUGGUGGACCUAGGUAAGCGUCUGCUGGAGGCGGCUCGUAAGGGCCAGGAUGACGAGGUCCGAACCCUGAUGGCCAACGGUGCGCCCUUCACCACAGACUGGUUGGGAACGUCCCCCCUCCACCUGGCGGCCCAACAUGGUCACUACUCCACGGCUGAUGUGCUUCUCCGAGCAGGCGUCAGCAGGGACGCCCGCACCAAGGUGGACAGGACCCCUCUACACAUGGCCGCCGCCGAGGGCCACACACUCAUCGUAGAGCUGCUAGUCAGGAGCGGGGCAGACAUCAACGCCAGGGACAUGCUGAAGAUGACGGCGCUCCACUGGGCAGCGCAGCACGGCCACCAGGGCGUGGCGGAGAUGCUGGUGAAGCACGGCGCCGACGUCCACGCCGUGUCCAAGUUCGACAAGACGCCGUUCGACAUCGCCGCCGACAGCCAGAACGCCGACCUCAUGCUGCUGCUGCAGGAGGGCAUGCAGAACCAGGUGAACCUUAAUGAGAGCAGCGCCACCUCCCCCCAGUAUAUCAUCCAGGGCAUCCCUGGACUGCAGGGAGGCGUGGUCAACCUGGCAGACCUCAUCAACAGGGCCAACGCAGUUGAGUCGGAGGACACCAUCGCUGCCAGCUCCCUGGAUCCCAGCAUCCAGCGUGUGGUUACCGAGGGAGGUCAGAGGGUCAUCACCAUAGUAACAGACCAGCAUGGCAACCUCCAGACUACAGGCGGGCUGGGUCAGCAGUUCUUCCUCACCAUGCAGAACGGACAGCAGAUGUUGGCGGUGCCGGCCAAUCAGGUGACAGAGGAGGUGGUGGAAGACGAGAUCCAGCCGCCGCCCGCACGCAAACGGAGGCUGGAGUCCUCAUCCAAUCACACGGAUUCUGGAGACACGGAGAUGUUACAGAAGCAGCUACAGGAGGCCAACAGGAAGGCACACGAGUACCGCCAGCAGCUCCACAGGAAGGAGCAGGAGGCCGAGGAGUACCGCGUCCGCCUGGAGGCCAUGUCCCACGGCCACACCAACGGCAGGGCGUCCCCCGGCCCGGAGGAGGUGGUCCUGGAGGAGGAGGAGCUGGAGGAGGAGGAGGUGGUGGAGGAGGAGCUGGGCAGCGUCCAGGUGGAGUCGGCCGACGGCCAGGAGGAGAUGGUGCUGCUGCACGAGGGGGCGCUCGUUUUGAAGAGCGGGCCGGGGCUGGACUGCGGCGGGGAGCAGGUGACGCUAGUGGAGACCACCUGCGGGGGCGAGGACGGCUCAUAACGCCUGGAGGCUCGGGGGAGGGAGGGAUGGACUGGAGGAGGAGGAGGGAAAUCAUACACACGGACUCGGGCUAUUCAAGGAAAGCCUAUACCUUUUUGUCGCAGCUCUUAAUCCUUUAUUAUCUCCUCCUUCUUGUUUCACUCCUUUUAUGUACAAUAGUUCUUCUUCCUUCUCUGGUUACUCUGAUUAUUAUUAUUAUUAUUGUUGAGUUGGACGUCAAGAGGACUUUAAAUAAAGGAAGUGACUGACCGGUCUUCCUGUGCGUCACACUAGUUGCCUGGGAAACGUCUGUGCUUCCUGGAGAAGGUGGGCCAUUGAGCAUAGAGAUUUCUGCAUGGAGCCAAUCACCAGGGUGCCACACCGAUGAUAUGUAUAGUGAGGGGGCGGGACUUUGAGACUUACUGCAAGUGUCUUAAUUGGUGACGGAUGUGUUUAUUGUGACCAGGUGUAGUAAUUAAUGGCCUGGUGUGUUGAUUAAUGCUCAAGUUUGUUAUUAACAGGCUUUCUCACUGUCAGCUCCCUAGCCUCCCUCCUUCCACUCCCUCUCUCUCCUCCUUUCCCCUGUUCUCCCUCUUUCUCCCCACCUCUUCUCUCUCCCCUGGCACAACUUUAUCUCUCAGGCUGUCUCCCUACACCCUCCAUCCUCCCCUUCCCCUCAGCCCCCCAUGCUUCCAUCAAUUCACCAUGACCAUGAUGAUAGUAUUUUUAUAAGCUCCGUAAGCCUUUUUUUUAUGUACAUAUAAAAUUGUAUUUUUGUAUAUGUAUGAUUUGGAUGCGUUGGGAUAUAUUCUGCCUGUGUCUGUGUAAAUGAUAAAGUGCCCAUUUUAGCCAUGCUCGUCUCACACGCACCAAUGUCUUUCAGGGACAUGUCUGUCUCGUCGCCUUUCCUGUUUCUGCUCUGGUCUCUCUUUAACGAGCCGCCGAGACUAACUUGCUUUCUGCGAAUGAACUCUGACCCCCAAAAGUCCUAACGCUUCGCCAGGCGUCCUGCUAUCGGACGCCACGGCUGUUUUCACGCCGUUGCAUGUAGAGAGGGAGAGUGGGGGUUGCUUUUCGAGUGCGUUUCCUGUUUGGCCUGCUGUUCCUUGUGUUCUCCUGCAGGGGGCGCCACCCUCCUGGCAGAGCUCCUGUGUCGGGGCAGAGCUGAGGGGAGCUUCCUGACACCAGGAAGAGGAGUGAGUGCUGGUGGGAGGCGCUGUGUCGUUGCUGAUCGCACACGUCGAUGCUUUAUUAAACACAUUCCUUUUGUAACCUGCACCUGUUUGACCUCUUCCGUACACCAGCUUCUGUUACUGUUGUCUGACAAAAUGAGAAUUUUCUAAUAAAAGGAACUUCACAUCCCAAAA